AUGAGUGACAUAAAUAUCGACACUGAUGAGAUUCUUAAUAUAGAACAACGUUAUUAUCAACAAGGAUAUGAUGAUGGUGUAGCACAAUCAACAAAAGAACAAUUAAUAGAAGGAGAAGAAUAUGGUUAUCAAACUGGUUUCCAAAGAUUUCUAAUAAUUGGUUAUAUUCAAGGAUUGGUAGAAUAUUGGCAGAAAAAUAUUGAGAAAUAUGCUAAUAAUAAAUCCUUUGAAUCUCAUUUACAACAAUUGAAGGACUUAGUAGUGGAUAUACCGAUUAUUAAUGGAGAUGAAGAAGUUGCUGAAUUUGAGAAGAGGGUGAAUAAAGCUAGAAACAAAUUAAGAGUAGUUGCUACUUUAGCUAAAGAGUCUUGGAAGAUUAGUCAUUUAGAUGAGUUGAUGAAAGAAGUUGGAGGUCAAUUACAAGUUAGUGAAAAUGUUGAUGAUAUGUGGUGA